AUGGCCAUCACCUGCUUUACCCAGGAGCUCAAGACUUCGUUCGAGGAUGUUCAAGGUGGUCACUUGAAGUGGUUGAAGCACAGGAUUGAUGCUAUUGACGUGGAGAAGCUCGCGUGCAAGUAUACCUUGAUCGAGAGUGAUAUUGCAUUCGACAAGAUUGAAUCGGUUGUGUACGAGAUGAAAUUCGAAGCUUCCAGUGAUGGUGGGAGUGUCUGCAAGAUGAAGAGCGAGUACCAUGUAAAGGCGGGUACAGAGUUGAAGGAGGAGGACAUCAAACAGGGCAAGGACAAGGCCAUAGGACUCUGCAAAGUGGUCGAGGAAUACCUUCUCGCCAACCCAGAAGCAUAUGCUUAA